CACAAUCGAAUGGCGGAAGACGGGAUGGCGGUCGGAGCGUUGUCGUUAUUGGGACAUAUCGUGGUUACCAAGAUAAUUGCCAUGCUCGUCCUGGGCCUCGGAUCGUUCGUGCUGGGCGUGUUACCCAUGAAAUUCAUUUCCAGAAAAUGGUGGUACCCAAACGGGGAUCCAUCGCAACAAACCGGCGGCCACUCGCACCCCGGACACUCGCACCCUGGGCACUCGGCCACCGAUUCGUCACUACUAGUCUCACUGCUGUUGUGCUUCGGUGGUGGCGUGUUGCUAUUCACCACGCUCUUACACCUGCAGCCAGAAGUCCGGGAGGGUGUCACCCAGUUACAGCACGACGGUCAGCUGUUUGACGGCUACGGCUCUGAGAACCUAGGCGAUCUUAUAUUUUGUACCGGGUUCUUCUUGGUAUUUAUUAUCGACCAGAUAGUGCACACCGUGCUGGACAGCUGGUACGUAGACAACGAGCCUAGCGAGGAGGUACUGCAUCGGUCGAUGAGCCUGAGGCGGCGUACUCCAUCGUCGAGACCAUCCACUUUGCAGACACCUACUGAACCACCGGCCACUUCCGCUGUCAAGGAACACCUGAACGAGUCAAGUGAGGAACGGUACCGGCCAAUUUUCCAGGAAGUGGCACCGCCCAGCAGGCCAGGGGCUAAACAACGGCAGGUGACGUGUGACGGUGCUGAUGCGGAAAAACAGGCUUCGUGGUCACGGAAAGUGAGAAGACCAGCUGGACAGUCGUUUCGUGGCCUGUUUGCCGUUCUGGCCCUAUCGUUUCACGAGGUGUUUGAAGGCCUGGCCAUUGGGUUGGAAGAGCGCGUCGACCACACAUGGUACCUGUUAUUUGCCGUAGCCACGCACAAGCUCAUCAUCGCCUUCUGCAUCGGCUUGGAACUGGCCUGGUUGGAGACCAAGAGGGCCAUUCUCAUAAUUUACGUAGCCACGUUUGCUAUCGUCACACCAGUGGGAAUCGCUAUUGGCAUGUUGCUCGUACACUUUGGUGACGAUGGUUCUGUUGAUGGAACGCCCAGACUGUUGGCCGUCGUUCUCCAGGGGCUGGCCGCCGGCACUCUCUUGUAUGUCGUGUUCUUCGAGGUGCUCGCCAGACACAAACAAUCGGGAUUCUCGCACCUCAUGGCCAUAAUCCUUGGAUUCUCCGUUAUGUUGGUGCUGCAGAUGAUAAGUCACCACAGUCAUAGCCACAGUCAUAGCCACGGCACAGAUGACAACUUUCAGCAUUUCGAUCAUGAGAAUACAUCGUAUGAACAUACAUUUUAUGAACACGCACAUCACGACCACAAUCAUUGACAUGGUGGUCACGAUUAAAACUUUUAAAUUAUUCAAAUUCAGUAUUUUACUAAGCUCAACGAUUAUUUGAUUUCAAUAGUUCUUAUGUAGUAUUUGAAAAACAGAUUUUUA